AGAGAAGCGCUCCAGGUGCUCUACGAGCGAUUCCAUGGGGACGCGCAUUACUUCCGCCUGCACCCUGGAGACGGCGACUCUCUGCAUGCUGAUUGGCACGCUGGUGAAAUGAUACGCCUCUCUACAAGGCUAUUGGGUGAAGUGCCUGUCAAUCUGAUAGCGGCUUAAAUCCGGGUACCUGCACUCCGGGAAAUUUGAGCCGGAAAAAAAGCUUCUACUUUCGUCACGGCUUUUGACGAACCAACACGGAAGGGUGACUAGAAGGCGGGCAUGCUAGCGAGAAUUCCGGGAGUCACCUGCAACAUGCUGCUAGUCACAGAGGUCUCCGUGCUUCCUUUCGCUUUGGAAAUAAUCUGUAGUAGAAAUUUCCUGAGUUUUGCGUGGGCGAAUCUGUGUUAAGGCUUAUCAUAAUUGGGUAAAGCCAGCGACAUGCCGUUACAUACCUGGACUCUACAUCUUCAGGCAGAGAAGACCUAGAGGGCUUUAUCACAUCCCACAACCUACUUCAUGGAAGGAAAAUGCUUUCACUUUUUUACCAUCACUCUGAAGGCAAAUAUUAUGGGCAAUGAUUAUACCUGAUCCUGACUCCAUUACCUCAUUCAAGACCGGGGUAUUAGAAGUGGAUAAAUAAUGUGCACUGCUCUGAGCCCAAAGGUACGCAGUGGACCUGGCCUCUCUGAUAUGCAUCAGUACAGCCAAUGGCUGGCCAGCAGACAUGAAGCUAAUUUGCUGCCGAUGAAAGAAGAUCUGGCCUUGUGGUUAACCAAUAUGUUAGGGAAGGAGAUUACGGCAGAAACUUUUAUGGAGAAAUUGGAUAAUGGUGCCUUGCUCUGUCAACUUGCAGAAACUAUGCAGGAGAAAUUCAAAGAGAGUGUGGAUGCUAACAAGCCUGCAAAGAAUCUGCCCUUGAAGAAGAUUCCGUGCAAAGCCAGUGCACCCUCAGGCUCCUUUUUUGCCAGAGACAAUACAGCAAAUUUCUUAUCCUGGUGCCGAGACUUAGGGGUAGACGAAACAUGUCUGUUUGAAUCAGAAGGUUUGGUUCUCCACAAACAACCCAGAGAAGUGUGUCUCUGUUUGCUAGAGCUUGGCCGGAUUGCAGCCAGGUAUGGUGUGGAGCCUCCUGGUUUGAUAAAAUUGGAAAAAGAGAUUGAACAGGAAGAAACACUUUCUGCUCCUUCUCCUUCACCUUCUCCUUCAUCAAAAUCUUCUGGAAAAAAGAGUACGGGAAACUUACUGGAUGAUGCAGUGAAACAGAUUUCUGAAGAUCCUCCUUGCAAAUGCCCAAGCAAGUUCUGUGUGGAGAGGCUCUCUCAAGGAAGAUACCGAGUGGGAGAAAAGAUCCUCUUCAUCAGGAUGCUGCACAACAAGCAUGUCAUGGUCCGUGUGGGAGGAGGUUGGGAAACAUUUGCAGGGUAUUUGUUGAAACACGACCCCUGCCGGAUGCUGCAGAUCUCCCGUGUGGAUGGCAAGACAUCCCCCAUCCAGAGUAAAUCUCCAACCCUUAGGGACAUGAAUCCAGAUAAUUACCUGGUGGUCUCUGCCAAUUAUAAGGCUAAGAAGGAAAUUAAAUGAAACUAGUUGGUCACCACAAGGGGACUCUCAUAAUGGCCUGUAUCCACAUCUCCAGUUGUAGUCAGUUUAGUUCACACGCUCCGAAAAUUACUUUGGAAAAAGACGUAACAGACAGAAAGAUGUCAUCAUGUUAAAGCAUGUUCAACGAGUAGCAUUAUUUAUUUGGAAUGCUUCGGUAGAAAAUGACCUAGUCAGAGAAAUUCUAAACUCAGAUUUAAAUCAGACAAAUUGUAGGCAAAUUAUUAUUUCUCAAUAUAUGAACAUGGUAUUUAGGAUACAAUAUUAGCAGCAUAAUUCUAGCUAGAGGUAAAAAUUAUUAGGAGAAAAUAGUUGGGAUGUACAGUUAAGUCAACAGAAAGUGCCUGCCUAAUGUCUAAGGAAUAAAAGCACCCCAGACAUUUUUAAUAAUUGCAAGAUUUUUAAGCGCAUUUUAAAAAAGUGAUAAUUAGCAUGAUGUGCUCCUGAAAAUGUCCAAUGGCACUACAGAUAAGUACAGAGUGCUCUCCACAGCAGUGCUUUACUGGAAAGGCCACUUCAGAAAAGUUUACAUUCACUUGGACGAUUGCCUUAAAAUUUAGCCUUUAUCUAUGACCAAAUAUCUGGGGUACUCUGUACUCUGGGACGUUUUCACUGCACCCCUUACAGAAUGGCUUAUGACUUGUUUCACACAUUCCGAGGCACGUGGCUGUGAGACUGACAGUGUAAUUCACACGCAUAAGCUGACAUACGUUUAUAUUUUGACAGAAUAAACUCUACAGUCAAAUGUUCAUUGACUUCAUGUUAUUUCAAAGCAUUUUCUUAUUAAAAUAUAUCUUUAGUUAACCCUACUUUGCUGUGCUGUCUAGUAAAGUACUUUCACUGUAGCUAAUGAUGUUACAGACUAAGUAUACCCUUGUAUACCUAGGACAGGGCUGUUUUAUACCCAUAAACGGCAAAAUGGUGUCCUCACUGAAUCAAGAAUUAAAAAGAUAAAUAUUAAAAAGUGUU